AUGGCGGAUGAGCUCCCUGACGCUGACACCCUGCGUAUUCUGAUCCUUACUGAUACCCAUGUCGGCUUCAAUGAGAAAGACAAGGUUCGUGGGAAAGACUCCUUGGAGACACUUGAGGAAGCUCUGCAGAUCGGAAAGAAUGGCCGAGCAGAUCUCAUUCUGCAUGGUGGGGACCUGUUCCAUGAGAACAAGCCAUCCAGGGGAUGUCUCUUCAGAACCAUGAACCUUCUGAAACAGUACACGAUGGGUUCUGGAGAGGUGGCCUUCGAGGUGGUCAGCGAUCCGGCCUGCUUCGGCACCGGCCAGGUCAACUACAAGGACCCCAACUUGAACGUCGAGUGCCCUUUCUUCAUGAUUCAUGGAAAUCAUGACGACCCUGGCGGAGAGAGCAAUCUCUGUGCAGCGAACAUCUUGGAGGUGGGCGGCCUGUGCAACUACUUCGGGCGCCAUGAAGACCUCGAGGACAUUGUCAUCAGGCCAAUCUUGCUGGUCAAGGGCAAGACCCGAGUGGCGAUCUACGGCCUUGGCAACAUCCGAGAUGAGCGGCUGCAUAGAGCUUUCCAGGCGAAAAAGGUCCGCUUCGAGACUCCUGUGGACACCGAGAAGUGGUUCCACGUGAUGAUCCUGCACCAGAACAGGCACAAGGGCAACAAAGGUGCGGUGCCCAGCAAGGCGUGUAUCCACGAGGAGAUGCUCCCUUCCUUCUUGGAUCUGGUCAUCUGGGGCCACGAACACGACUGCCAGGUGAAGCCACAGGAGUCGCUGCGCGGAGAGUUCUAUGUGAUGCAGCCUGGCUCUUCUGUGGCCACGUCGCUGUCUCCACAAGAAGCGGGGUUGAAGCACGUCGCCUUGAUUGAUGUCAAGGAGGGCGUGUUCAGGUGCAAUCCAGUACCGCUUUGGACAGUGAGACCUUUGGUGAUGCGAGACAUCGUGCUCUCCGAGACAGGCCUCUUGAAGACAGACACCCAGGCCAUCUGGAAUGCUCUCUCCGGUGAGGUCGACUCAAUGAUAGCUCAAGGUGAGGAAGAAAUUCAGAGGCGCAAGAAGGAGUUGGAGGCUCGCGGAAAGUUUGGCCCCAAGAAACUGGAGGUGCCAGAGCUUCCGUUGGUGCGACUUCGAGUGGAACAUUCGGGGUUCGACACCAUCUCCGGCGCAACCUUCGGCAACCAAUUUGUGGGCCGGGUAGCGAACCCGGAUGAAGUGCUGCUUUUCCAUCGACGUGCCGGCGGUGGUGCUGCGGGAAGCCGAAAGGUUCAAGGCCUCGGCGACAUCCUCGAAAUUGAGGAAAACACAAUGCCGGGCGACGAUGGUGUUAAGAUUCAGGACAUCAUCUACAAGUACAUAGAAGGUGAGCAGAACCUCCAGGUUCUUCCUGAACCUGAUCUGAACGACGCCGUGCAGUCGUUUGUGCACAGAUCCGAGCCCUGUGCCAUCGAGCGGUUUGUCAAGCAGGCUGUGGAAUCCACGAACCAGGCGGUCCUCAAGGAGAGCCGGGCUGUGGGUGAGGAGGAGAUUCGAGUGCAGAUCCAGGACCGCGCAGAGACGCUGAGGCAGCAGCGGCUGGCCGCAGCGGCUGCGCAGGGUUCGCUCUCAGGCCCGCCGACAGAACGCGCAGACAGCCUUGCGAAGCGAGAGCUGGACCUGUUGGAGGAGCCACGUGCUCCUGCAGCAAGUAUGGCGGAGGCCAUUCCCCCGACCGCCUUUCAACCGGAGGAGGCCGAGGCCCCACGCAGAGGCCGAGGUGCGCGAGGAGGCCGAGGUAGCCGAGGAGGACGAGGCCGUGGCUCCAAGCGGUCGCAAGACGACUUCGACCUGGCACCAACCCCGGCAAAGCAGCCGCGAAUCGCUCGUGGCGAUGCUCGCGUGGCGGCUUCCCAAGCUUCACCCCAAGCAUCCCAGGCGCCGCCCGCCCCGCCCUGUGCGCCCACCACAGCUCAAGCCUCCACGGCCACAGUGCCGCCCGCAGCGGCGACGCCCUUCCUACCAAGAAGGGCCGGGGCAGUGGCAGACGCAGCCGAGAGCUUCCUCGGGGCAUCCCAGCACCUGUCUCAGGCCCAACUCCAACCCCCUCCCAAGAGACAGUGGGCCCUGAAAAAAGGGUUCUAG